UCUCAUAAUAUUAUGACUUUAUUCUCCUAAUAUUAUGACUCUAUUCUCGUAAAAUUUCAACUUUUUUCUCGUAAUAUUACGACUUUAUUCUCGUAAAAUUACGACUUUAUUCUCAUAAUAUUAUGACUUUAUUCUCGAAGUCUAAAAAAAAAUUCUUUGUGGCCCUAAAACUCCGUCGUAAUUCAGCACUAUUGUAUUGGCCUGCUGAUUAUUUAUGUGAUAUCAAAUUUGUAAUUAUUUGACAUGAUGCUUAGCUACUGCAGAAUGCUACAAACAGCAGUAAUGAUUUAUUUUUAUUGAUUUAAUUAUUGACAUCAUAACUUGCUUUCACUACGGACAGACACAAACCUUUACAAACACACUGGACGUUCUUCAUGCCUAAAGCUUAAGACACUGAUUACUACACCAAAUGCAACCUUAACAAAGUGUGAGAAGAUAAUUUCUACACAGCCAAGAAGACAUUGCUCACCCAGUGUGAGAAUAUUUUGUUUCAUACCAGGAAAAAACAAAGAUAUGACAGUGGACACCACCUGGCAGUAACUAGUACAACACUUCAGACAGGUAGAUCAGCUAACUAUUGAAAUCACUUGUUUAGUUGUCUGUGAUAGACUGGCGUCCUGUCCAGGGUGUGCCCCUGCCACUUGCCCCAUGACUGCUGGGAUAGGCUCCAGCUCCUCCAUGACCCUUGAAUGGAGCGAGCGGGUAUAGAAAAUGAAUGUUUAGGUGCACAAAUAGAAGCAAUAAAUGUAAUUUUGCAGAAAUGCCAAGAAAGGCAAAGGGAAAACCAAAGGGGAAGAAGGUAACCCUCAUCCAGCCAGACAGUGGUGACAGCGACACCAGCUCUGUCAUUCUCCCCACACAGAGGACUCCCCCUGCAAAUGAGGCUCAGUUGUCACCUGCACUGCAAAAGACACUGCCGGCUCACGUCUCUGCCCCUGACACUAUCGCUCCACCACCUGCUCCAACCACCACCCUGCCAGCUGCAAGCAGUCUGCCUUAUGAGCACACCAUUGAGACCAGCAAAAAUACAUCUUUUUCCACAGCCAGCAUUCAUCAGUAUGGCACCAAGAGGGCCAGUAAGCCCAGCCCAGACAGCAGCCAUGACAGUGAGGAGGAAAUAGAGGUACCCAAGAACAUAAAGAGGCGCACAAAGCCCCAAACCUUCAAUGACCUAACAGUGGAACAGGAGGAUGAGCUGGUUGAGUGGAUCAGGGAGAGACCUAUCUUCUAUGACCAGUCUAUGCGGGAGUUAAAGGGCAAACACAAGAAGAACAGGCUGUGGGAGAUGAAGGCCAAGGAGAUGGGUGUGGAUGCUAUUGCCCUUAUGACUUGGUUCCGGAACAAGAGGACCAUCUAUGGAAAACUGAAGAAGACAAAGUCCGGGCAGGCGGCGAAAACGUUGACUGGACAACAACGCUGGACUCUGGAGGCCUUCAAGUUCCUGGAUGAACAUAUGACUGUGCGGACUACAUCGAGCCAGCUUGGUGCGCCACCAUCGCAGACCAUCAGUCUCCUUCCACCGGUCCAGUGCGAGGAAGACAGUGACGAGGAUGACGUACUCCAGGUCAUCACAACCAAACAGCAACAUAGUGGGAACACCACAGCAACUGUCACCCCAAUCUCUGACAGCCAUCUGCCAAGCACCUCCGCAGGCAGCCAGACUGUCAGGACUAUCCCCAAGAAGACCAAGAAGCAGAAGCCCUCAGUCGACAAGGCCAUUGUCAACAUGUGCACUCGGCUGGCAUCCAGGCCCGUAGCUGCUACUGCUGCACUGUCUGCCUUGCCGGAGCAGUCCAAUCGCCGUGUCGCCUAUUGCCACUACCUGGAGUCUGAAGUGGCACAGAUGACAGAGGAGCAGUGGCUGCAAUUCCAGCGGAACUGCAAUGAGCUGUUAUACCGCUUGAGUGUGGAGCGCCUCCAGCAACAGCAACAACUACCAGUGCAACAGUGCCUGUCUGCUCUCCAGCAGCAUUCCGGCAUUCCAGCCAGUGUUUCACUGUUCCACUCACUGCCAGUUACUCCUCCACCACCUCCUUUGGACAGCAGCAGAAAAUACAACAACAGUCUCCUUUGACAGGUGUGCCUCACCCUGACUUCUCAGGUGGUGCCUUUUCUGCCAUGCUUAACCCUACAGUGCCUGCCCCACAGCAGAGUGGGCAAGUGUGUACUAAACAGGACCAGUGUGGAUGGGUUUUGAGCAUUGAAGUUGUGGAUAUCAUGUACAGUGAUGAAAGUUUUCCUGAAAUUUCAGGAAUUCCGGUUUUUGGGGGAAAAUGUGGAAAUUUCUGGCAAAAUCAAGCAUCGAUUGAAGAAAAAUGUUGUUAGAGUUGUUCCCUGUUGGCCAUUUUGAUGUUUACUGGCCCUGGCAGCCAAUCACAAGGUUUGGGACAAAGCAGUGCAUUAUGCUGGCCUCCCAUUGGUUGGUUGUGUCAUGUGAAUAGUGACGAACGUUUCCGGGUUAUUUUUGUUUUCCUGGUGCAUGUCAGAUUUAGUCUGUGGUCUGAUUUCAUAAUGUUAGUAUUUAUAAAAUUAUUUGGAAACAUCUCUGAGACGCCACAGUGGAUAUUAAGUCUCAUGUUUUAACGUCCAGAUCCGAGACUGAAGGAAAAAUGUUAUGUGCUGCCACUCGUCCACACAGCAGCAAAUGAGAGGUGCCUUUACAGAUUUUACCGUGAACUCCACGUUGGGCUGAAACUACAAAACAAUUGGAUGAAUUGUUGUUCUGCUGCAGGGCGACGAUUUAAAGUUCAGCAGAAAUAAAUUCAAAUGAGCCUGGUUCAAACAAAAAGGAUCAAAACCAUAGCCCGACUUUUCUUAAUCAUUGCUUCUACAGAAUAGCUGACAUGCUUUGAUUUUUAUAUCAUGUUUCAAAAUCUGUCUUUGGGAAGAAUUUACUUCAAAUUGUCUCCAUGCACACUCUAGCCUGCUAAAUCUGGAUUUUAUGGUUCUUCUGUUAAAUGGGUGUAACAUAUCCAACUGGAGGAAAAUAUGAUUAACAUGCUCUGAAAGUCAAAUAUUGAUGUGAAAAAUGUUUAUGCAUUGUUUUGCGCGACACAUAAAUUGUCAGUAUACCAGAAAUGCUGAUGUUAUCAAUGGAUGGAAAAAUACCUGAUAUUGCCUUUCCCAUUUACAUAACUGAAUAAGACUCAAAUUUAAACCAGAAUCAGUGUUCCCGAGAACUAAAAGUGAUAUUGUUAACUUAAUGGACACUAAGUGCAGCUUUGCUUGUAUCAGUUUGUAUUUUUGCUAAUGGUAAGACACUAUCAGUUGUUAUAAAAGCACAAAUUGCUGAAGCCAAAUGUUUAGAUAAAUGUAGCGGGAGAACCAUCAAUUUCUAUAUAAUCCACUAGAUGGCGGACCGGGCUGAUCCGCUCAUUGGUUGGCUGUUGUCAGAGUGCCACCAUCUUGGUUAGCCUCUAACAACCAGACAUAAAUAGAAACCAGUGUGGGCGUGAUCAAUGUUUUUAAGAGAGUUUCACCAUAAAUCUGCAUUUUCUAUGCUUUUACUGUGCUGUUACAUUUAUUAAUUAGUAAUAUUAAAGACUGCUCUUAACCCACACAUGGUGCCGUUUUAUGGAGUGCUUCUCCGCAAAAAUAUCAAAAUAAAUAAAUGAAACAGCCAUGCCAGCCAGGGUGAAAGUAAGAUUAUUCAAUAAUUUCUGGGCCAAGUUGAAAAAUUUGAAAACACUAGACUGGAAUAUUCAGUAUAUCACAGAGAAAUGAAUCUCAUUCAUGUAUAUUCUUAUAUUAGUAGAAUAUACAAAGUCAA